CGGGGCAGAGGGUGCUUAUGGCCCUGGAGCUGCUGCGUUGUGGGGCCGUGUUGGCGGCGCCCGCAGGGGCAGCCCUGGCAUGCUGCCUGGUGGCGGCAGCCGUGGCGCUGCGCUGCUGGGCCGCCCGGGGCCUCCGGCGGGCGUUAAACAAGACCAGCCGCCAGCAAGAGGUAGUGGAGAACUUGGGCCAGGCGGUGCGGGCUUUGCGCCGGCAGAACCCAGAGGUAGACGUGGAGACUGUCCUGGCCCUGCCCCUGGCCCAGCUGGCCCAGAAACUCAAGAACAAGGAGCUCUCCCCAGAAGCCGUCCUCUACAGCUAUUUGGGCAAGGCCUGGGAAGUAACCAAGGAGACCAACUGCAUCACCAACUACCUGGGCGACUGCAAGGCCCAGCUCCAAGAGUUAGCCCAGCAUCACGGGGAGGGCGGCCUGCUCUAUGGAGUCCCCAUCAGCAUCAAGGAGUGCUUCCUCUACAAGGGCCAGGUUUCCACCCUGGGCCUGCGCCGCAAUAUGGAUUUCCCAGCCACAGAGGAUUCCGUGGUGGUGCGGGUGCUGAAGAAGCAGGGGGCUAUCCCUUUUGCGCACACCAAUGUGCCCCAGUCCAUGUUCAGCUACGACUGCAGCAACCCCAUAUUUGGUCGUACCCUGAACCCCCUGAAUACUUCCAAGAGCCCUGGUGGGUCUUCAGGUGGGGAGGGUGCCCUCAUAGCGGGCGGAGGUUCCAUUUUGGGCUUGGGCACCGACAUUGGGGGCAGUAUCCGAUUCCCUGCGGCGUUCUGUGGCAUCUGUGGCCUCAAGCCUACCUCAAACAGGAUCAGCAAGCGUGGCCUGAAGAACUCUGUCAAUGGACAGCUGGCAUUCACCACGUCUGUGGGACCCAUGGCCAGGGAUGUAGACAGCCUUGCUUUGUGCUUGCGGGCAUUGCUAUGUGAUUACAUGUUCUGUCUGGACUCCACGAUUCCCCCUGUCCCCUUCAGGGAGGAGAUCUAUGCCAGCAAGAAGCCCUUGCGGAUUGGUUACUAUGAGUCCGACAUGUUUACCAUGCCCGGCCCCUCUAUGAAGCGGGCAGUACUGGAGAUGAAGGUGCUACUAGAAGCUGCUGGACACACACUUGUUCCAUUCACACCCGCCAACAUCCCUCGUGCCGUGCAGACAGUGAUGGUCAGUGGGCUUUUCUCAGAUGGAGGCCAGGCCUUACUAGAGAACUUCAAAGGGGACACUGUAGAUCCAUGCCUGGGGGACCUGACCACCAUCCUCAAGAUGCCCAAUUGGUUCAAAAGACUGAUAUCUCUCCUCAUCCGGCCUCUGUUCCCGAGACUAGCUGUCUUCCUCCAAAGCCUGAAGUCCAAGUCAGCUGGGGAGCUUUGGGACAUACAGCACAAGAUUGAGGAGUACCGUUAUAGUGUCAUCACCCAGUGGAAGAGACAGCACUUGGACGUGGUCCUGGCACCCAUGCUGAGCCCUGCCCUGUGCAUCAACUGUCCAGGCAAAACCUCAGGAGCUGUCAGUUAUACUGUACUCUAUAAUUGCCUGGAUUUCCCGGCUGGCGUGGUUCCUGUCACCACAGUCACCUUGGAGGACGAAAUAGCAUUGGAGCAGUAUCAGGGCUACUUUGGGGACAUUUGGGACCAGAUGUUGCAGAAGGGCCUGAAGAACAGUGUGGGGAUGCCUGUGGCUGUCCAGUGUGUGGCCUUGCCAUGGCAGGAAGAGCUCUGCCUCCGGUUCAUGCGUGAAGUGGAAAGGGUGAGCCAGGAGGCCAGGAUGUUGACCUCGAAGCCUCUUGGUCUCUCUGAGGGUUAAGCAGCCCCAAGUUGAGCCCACCCCACCAAGUUUUGCAGUGGCCCUCAGCCUUCAGUCUUCAGCUCCAGUCCAUUUCUCAGGGACAAGCCCCAUUUUCCCUUGCCUUUCUCCCUCCGCCAGUCCCCCAUGAAUUACAGACCAGAAAUGGCCCCUGGUGGAGAUGACUGGAAGAUUCUGUGCUUAAUUUUCACAAUAAUAAUUCAAGGGAACAA